AUGAGAAAUUCAGAUAUUAUUAUUAAAAGUGAAGAAGUAGCGGAGCAUUCAAUACCUGAUACGAGGGGCCGAUACUUUCUUCCUCCACCUCAUAGAAACAUCAAUUCGUCCAUCCAACGGUCGGAAAAUUUAAACAAUCUUAACGACACAUCUUUCUCUACCCCUGUGCAAUUAUUCACAGAUGGACACAACGCUGGUGGAGUAACUUUGCGUCCUAUUUGUUUGCCUCACGAAAACUCUACACAUGGUGGAAUAACUUUGCCUCCUAUCCGUUCAGUACUACCCAUCGAUCUUGAAAACUUUGGCACUAUAGGUCGGUUUAGAGCAUCUGAAACGGACGGCAAUAUUGAAGUAAUCGACCUUACAUCUCCGGAGAACUUUGUGAUCGACCUUACCUCAUCUCCAAAUGUCCACUCGAACUCAGAAGUAAUCGUGAUUGAUGAUGAUGAUUCUUCAGCAGAAAAUAUUUCAUCAUCCACGGCUUCGUCAUCACAGAAAGGACUUCUGCUUAAAUGCUCAAUUUGUCUUGAUCAUCCAAAGGAUGUUUCUGCCACUCCUUGCGGUCAUAUAUUCUGUUGCGAAUGCAUAACAACGGCAGUAAAGACACAGAAAAUGUGUGCGCUUUGUAGGCGUCCUGUAACAAAAAAGCAGAUCAAGCAUCUAGAAUUCAAGGUGUUGUCUGUAAACAGCUAA